AAGAUGGGAGUCUAAGGUUUUCUUUCUUGGAUGUGGAAUGGAGCCAUACCUGACACAGUUAUUAUCUUUAUGCCCAGGCUUUGUAUAUUUGUGUUCAUAUAUUUUUUAAUGUCAAUUUUUAUAUCUAACUGUUGUUUUACCUGAUUGUUGAUUGUGUUUCUUCAGAAUAUUUCUCUUUGAUGUACAUAACUGUUUAUAUUGCACAUUUUGGAUUUAAUUUAUUCAAUUAUGUAUUUUUAUCUCAAGUUACAAUUUGGAUAAUAGUACAUCGUUCAUGUUGGUUAAUUGAAGCACCUUAAAUGCUGCAAAUCAGUCUAGCCAUAGGCCAAUCUCUUCAUUCAGGAAAAGGUGGAAAUAGCUUUACCACCUGCUCCAUUUGGAACGUUUUUCACCCAAGGACACAAUUAUUCUCAGAUAUCUGGAACUCAAAUAAAGAGGGAGAUAGGCUCGGUUAAAAGAGGGGAAGUGGCCUUGGAAAGCUCAAACAGUUAAGGAGAAUAGCAAUUAUGUAUGUGGUUUUCACAAUUUAAAGCAGGGAUGGAUAAUUGUACUUUCUAGAAGUUGGAGUACAUUUUUUUCUCCAUAUUUAUGCUGGCCAGGUGGAUGUUGAACACCCACAGAACAAUUUCUUGGCCAGUUUGAAAUAUUAUUUUCCAGCUUUUAGAACUGCAUCAUUUGGAAAAUAUUUUUUAAAAGGGAUGUUGCAAAAUAUUCAGGUUCAUAUUUUUUUCAGCAACAUCAGUUUUUUGCAAAGCCGGUCUUGAAUUCUGAGAGUUGUAAUCUCAAUACAUCUAGGGGACACCAAAUUGGGUAAUAUUGGUUAAUAGGAGAGGAGGAAGAUAUGAUGCAAUUUUUUUCCAGACCUGUUCUAAAGGAACUUAAAGAUACUGAUGUAUGUAACUACUUUUAAAUUCCAGAAUAAUUCUUCUUAACCAAGACAAUUGAAGAACUUCCUGGGAAGACCUUGACAAGGAAAUAAAAUAUGUCCUUAAGAAAAUUUCAGCAAAUGGCUCUUUUUAUGGGUGUUCAAUGUAUUACAGCAGGUGCUUUUACAUACUACUAUGUACAAAGGGUUUUCUCUAGAACAAAAUACUAUCAGGAUGCUCUUAAGCAACUUGAAGCAGACCCCUUAGCCCUAGAAGCACUUGGUGCUCCCCCUCUGAAAGUUCACUACAUCAGCUUGAGAGACAAGAGCAACCGUGUUGAUAAGUCAACAGCCCAGGUAAAAAUACCAGUAUCUGGAAAAAAGUCAGGUGGUUAUCUUCAUGUUAAUUCAGAAAUGGAUUUUUCCCUCAAAAGCUGGAAUCUACAGGAAGUCACACUACAGCUCUGCAAUGGCCACAGAAUUCCAGUGUACGUCUCUUCUGUGAAGACUAUUUCUGGAUAAUAUACGUAAUAUAGAGAACUGAGUUAUUAUUAUUAUUUGUAUUAAUAUAUUCAAAUUAAAUAAAGAUUCUUAUGGACAUCCAAAACAUAUGAACCAUUUAUUUAUUAUUUAAAGUUUAAGGCCGCCUGCCUUCACAAUUACUCUGAGUGGCUUAGAGUUACAAAUGUAAAAGAAAUGUAAAAUGAAAUUACAUAGAGACAAGAAUGUAACUGAAUAAAGGACAGAAUAAAAAAACAACGCCAUGGGGUGAUAGUUGACCAUCAUCCUUGCAACCAAGUCCUUAACAAUUUGCAGAGUCAAAGAGUAGAAGCAAUUCAGAUCUUUAUGGCUAUAUAAUUCCUUGGGCAGGAACCAUCACUGAGGAAAUACGCUUCCUGGGUGCCACAAAAUGACACUGCUUAAUUGACCCUUUGAGGUUUAGACUGAAACAGGUGAAGGGUGAUAAUAUAUCUAGAUUUUAAUUGGCUUGGAUUUUUAUAUCCUGUCCAAUUUUAAAAUAAUUUACAUAUAUUUCCCAGAUAUCAGGGCUGUGUAUGCUUAAAAAUAAUUUGGGAUUAAUGUUUCAUACUUUGCUUGAGCACAGCAUCUGCUUACUAUUCAUUGAAGCAACUAUGUUUUUCUGUAGUAUUCUCUGGGAGCCUGAAAAAAGAUAUUAAAUCAUGUUAAUAAUAUAGGUUAUUAAAAUUGUCAAGUAUUUUUCUAGGCUGAUGUGGGAGCUUGAAAAAGGAAUGACUGCUUUAGUUAGUAGCUGAACAGUGCUGUACUCAUAUACUUUUGUAAGAUCCAAAAUGCUUUCUCUAAAUAGUGUUUGAUUUCAGGUAUUUUAUAAAUGAGCCAGUAUGGUUUAGCAAGCAAUGUGUUAAAGUAGGAGACUCUCAACCAUGGAAACUCGCUGAAUAAUUUUGGGCCAUCAUUCUAUUUCAGACCAACCUGCAUCACAAAAAUGUAAUGUAGAGGAGACUAUGCUGUAUAUAUUCCAUUAACCUCUUGAACGGGAUAUACAAAUCUAACAAUAAAAAUUAAAAACAAAUAAAAGCUACUUGUCUUAAGCACUAAAAUGCACUCUGUAGUCAAAGAAAUAGGUAAAAACCUUUGAAUAUAGUAUUUAGUAUAUGGAUCAUACAAUUUCUUUUCUUUUAAAAAAUAAUAUUCAAUUGCUAGAAGUGUGGUGAAUCACAUGGCUAGGAUACUGGGCUGAUGAUUGGCAGUCUCACAAUUGUGACCCAGUGCUUCCAUGAGGUGGAAUGAACUCCCAUCAUAUCCUCCAGCUCCUCCUGACCCAGCAGUUCAAAAGCUGGCGACCGAAAGUACAUAGAUGGGUACUACAUCGGUGGGCAUCUUAAUGGGGACAUGAGUCCCCAACUGGGUGUUCCCUGGACACCGGUGAUAUUACCAUUCAAUCUUUUUAACUUGGAAGUGCUUUAGUGCUCCCAACACAACCAUAGCAGUAUUCAGUUGCUAUAUUGUCACCUGUGUUCCUCUUCCACAAUUAAUAGGCAGGAUUUAGUAUAAUAAUAUGAAUAAGAUUUUGAAUGCCUAAUAAAGACACAGA